AUGCAGCAGCAGAACGCAUUGGUUGUUUUGCUGCUGCUGCUCGCCGCCGCCGCUCGCCCCGCUCUCGGCGGAUGGGUUGUCAGCGAAGACGGGAGCGUCGCGGCCCCCCCUGCUGCAGCCACGCCCCUGGCCGCUCCAGCGGCUGCCGCCCGUGUGGCUGCUGCGGAACCCGAGGCUGCCGCCCUGGCGGCUAUGGCCUCUGGCCAGGCGGCCCAGUGGAUCGUCACCUACCGCGUCAGUGCAGACGACGUGGCUGCUGAGGCCGCAAACCCCCUUGCUGCCUCAGCGACCGCCGCCACCAUCGCCGCCGCGGGCGCCUCCUCGCCCGCAGACGCCGCACUGCUGCGCGUGCAGCGCACCGUCAAGGCGCGCGUGAUGUCACCGGGCGGCGCCCUGGCAGCGCAGGGCGCCAGCGUUGUGCGCGACUUCCAAAACCUGCCCGUGUCGGUGGUGGCGCUGCCCAGCGCCGCCGCCCUGGCGACCCUGCGCGCCGACCCCUCAGUGGCGAGCGUGGAGCCCAACCGCCCCAACAGCCGUGCCUUGGUGCAGAGUCUGCCCCUUGUCGACCAGCCAGCCGCCGUCGCCGCGGGCAGCAAGGGCGCCGGCUGCUAUGUGGCCGUCCUCGACACCGGCGCCGACUACACCCACCCCGACCUGGGCUCCUGCGCCACCGCCGGCGCGCCUGAGCCGUGCCGCGUGGCCUACGCCAGGGACUUCACCAAAGUAGAUGACGGCCAGCUGGACAGUGACGGGCAUGGCACCAAUGUGGCUGCCAUCGUGGCUCGCGUCGCCCCUGGGGCCAAGGUCCUGGCGUUGGAUGUAUUUGAGAGUGAUGCGGCCGGCAACAUCUACGCUUGGGACAGCGACAUCCUGGCCGCCAUAGACUGGGCCGUCAAGGUCAAGAACAACGGCACGUACAACGUCUGCGCCAUCAACCUCUCCCUCGGGUCCUCGACCUUUUCCGCCACCCCUUGCACCACCAGCGCCUACGAGUCCGCCUUCGCCACUGCGCGCCGCGCCGGCAUCGUGCCCGCCGUCGCUUCAGGCAACGACGGCAAGAAGGGCGCCAUCGCCAGCCCGGCCUGCGCGCCGUCCGCGGUGUCUGUGGGGGCUGUCUACGACAGCAACGUCAACGCGCGCACCUGGAGCGUCUGCACAGACGCCUCCACCGCCGCCGACCAGGUCGCCUGCUUCAGCAACAGCGCCGCCUACCUCACGCUGCUGGCGCCCGGCGCCAUCAUCAACGCCGGCGGCUGGUCCAUGGCCGGCACCAGCCAGGCCACGCCCCACGUGUCCGGCGCCGUUGCAGUGCUCAAGGCCGCGGUGCCCACCGCCUCCGUCGCCCAGAUGUUAGCCGUGCUGCAGUCCACCGGCAAGCUCGUCACCGACGCGUUUAAUGGUGUCAGCACGGCACGCAUUGACUUGGCCGCGGCCGUUACCGCCCUGUCCAGCGGCGGCGGUGGCGUGGGCGCUAACACCGACACCACACCUCCCACCGGCUCUGUCACCAUCAAUGGCGGCGCUGCCACCACCUCCUCACUGGACGUGACCCUGGCCAUCAGCGGCAAUGACGCCAGCGGCGUGGCUUCCAUGUGCAUCAGCAACACCGCCGCAGCCUGCACCGCCUUUGAGGCCUUCGCCACGACCAAGGCUUGGCAGUUGGCUAGCGGCGCUGACGGCUUGCGCGCGGUUUUUGUGACUCUCAAGGACAAAGCAGGCAACACCAUGGCCACCCCUGCCACAGCCACCAUCACCCUGCAGACCUUUGUUGGCUCCAGCUCACUCAUCGUCAACGGCGGCGCAGCCUACACCAACGCGCGCACCGUGCCCCUCCAGAUUAUCGCCCUGGGAGCCACGCCUAAAACGCGGAUGUGCAUCAGCCAGACGGCCACAGACGCCUCAAGCUGCACUGGCUGGUCUGGCUUUGCCGCCGUGAAAAAGUUCAACAUUGGCAUCUGGCCGCAGGGCGCCCGCACCAUCCGCGUUUUCUUCUGGGACACCUUCGGCGCCUCCCUCCCUGCUGCCGCGAGCACCAUCACUUUUGACAACGUGGCGCCCUCCAUGCUCCCCUCCGCCAUGGCGCUCAAGGCCACCCCCAGUAGCUUUGGCGUUGUCAUCGACUUCCUGCAAGCCGCCACUGAUGAUGUGUCCGGCGUCGCGUCAUAUGUGGUGGUCGGCCGCCAGGGCGGCACAGCACCCGCGCGCUGCACCGGCCCCAUCCUUAAGAAGGCCCAGAGCGGCGGCCUCGCCACCACCGUCGCCGCCCCCACCGCCCCUGCUGCUGUGCAGCUGCAAAGCGUCUCUUUUUCGAGCCUCCAGGCCGGCACUCCGUAUUCAUUCCGGUUGUGCGCUGUGGACAACGCGGGCAACGUCGCUCAGGGCGUCACCAUUGGCACCCAGACGACACCCUGA